AUGAGGGGGCCGGAUGCCCAGGCCUGCAGGUCUGCCGGCGCGCCAAGAGCGAUCAUAUCCAUUCCGCAGCACCUAGCGCUGUCCCUCCGUGCGAGUAUGGCGAAACAGGAGCGUCGGGGGCGCUCAAAGAAGAGGGAACGCGACGCGCGUGACGCGUCCAAGACGAUGAAUUGGGAUUGCCAGAGCCACAAGAGCUGCUUCUCAAAGCAACGUGACGUUGAGGCCAGGGACAUACAUCGAGUCUCUGAGUUUUGCGUUAACCAGGAGCCCGAAGGAUCCGCCGCCCCUAAUCCAGAACUCGAGGUCUACAGAGGAGACAACAAGUCACCCGCAAUGUUCCGCCGAUUCAGACCUCAGAAGGUUGGAGACGAAAAUGGCAUCCUGGAUUUGAAAGGCCGGUGA